GCAGAACAACAACAUUUUGGGCUGCGCGAGCAUGUGAAAUUUUUCGUUCGUGAAAUUAUUAUAAACUAAUAAUUAUAAGGUGGCAAAAUUGUUCGUCAGCCAAAAAAAAAGAAAUAAAAAACUCGGCAGCAGUCACGUGUUCGCAUCGUUUGGGCUAAUUUCGAUCUAGACAAAGAAGUCCAGUUAACGUUACGCAAUUGAAAGUCUCUUUGUGUGUGACUAAUGUGUGUGUAAUCCGCCCGCCUGCCCCUCUCUGCAAUCUGACAAAAUGCAUCUUGAUCUUUAUCGAUGGGCGGCCACAAAUAAUCAGUAAAAUAAAACCAAAGAAAAGGAGACGAUAGUGAGUGAACGAAAGCAAAGUACGCGAAAGAAGAACCAGAAAGCUGGUAGGAUUCGACCUCGAAUUCGGACUCCGAUCGGGGACUCGACUCGGUCUCAACAUGGCCGCCGCGCACAGCCACCACAACGCGAACCUCCUCAGCUCGGACAUCUCGCGGCGAAAUCCGCAGGACGAAUACGAGCUAAUCCAGAAGAUUGGCUCCGGUACCUACGGCGACGUAUACAAGGCGAAACGAAUACAGAGCAAUGAGCUGGCCGCCAUCAAAGUCAUAAAGCUGGAACCCUCCGAUGACAUACAGAUCAUUCAGCAGGAGAUCAUCAUGAUGCGUGACUGCCGUCACCCAAACAUCAUCGCCUACUACGGCUCGUACCUGCGGCGGGACAAGCUCUGGAUCUGCAUGGAGUUCUGUGGCGGCGGCAGCCUUCAGGACAUCUACCAGGUGACGGGGCCCCUCUCCGAGAACCAGAUCGCCUAUAUGUGCCGCGAGACGCUCAAGGGCCUGGAGUAUCUGCACUCCAUGGGCAAGAUGCACCGCGACAUCAAGGGCGCCAACAUCCUGCUCACGGAAUACGGGGACGUGAAGCUUGCCGACUUCGGGGUCUCCGCCCAGAUUACGGCCACGAUCAACAAGCGGAAGAGCUUCAUAGGGACACCCUACUGGAUGGCUCCGGAGGUGGCCGCCGUGGAGCGCAAGGGCGGCUAUAAUCAACUUUGUGAUAUUUGGGCCUGUGGCAUAACUGCAAUUGAGCUAGCUGAACUCCAGCCACCGAUGUUCGAUCUGCACCCGAUGCGAGCCCUGUUCCUGAUGUCGAAGAGCGGCUUCAAGCCGCCCACACUGGGCAACAAGGACAAGUGGAGUCCCACAUUCCACAACUUCAUCAAGACGGCGCUGACGAAGAACCCCAAGAAGCGACCCACCGCCGAGCGCUUGCUGCAGCACCCCUUCGUCCAGUGCGAAAUGUCGCUGCGGGUGGCCAAGGAGCUGCUCCAGAAGUACCAGAGCCCCAAUCAGCAGUUCUACUACUAUCUCGACGGCGAGGAAGAGACGGUGGCCAGUGUUCCGCAGCGGAUUCCCAGCAAGAUGACAUCACGCGCCAAUGGAGUUCCAGCCCAGAACCAUACGCUGAAGACAGCCAUGACGACAAACUCCAUGUGGAACGAGCGAUCCUCUAGUCCCGAGACGUUACCCAGUGACAUGAGCCUCUUACAGUAUAUUGAUGAGGAGCUAAAGCUAAGAGCCACUCUGCCAUUGCACGACACGGGAUUGAAAGAUUCCAUCGGCCCCGAGUGCAGCUGCUCCUCCCACAACGGCAUUGUUGGAGUUGGAGGAGGAAGAGGAGUAGGCGGGGCAAACGGUAGCAGCAGCGGAGGUGGUGGCGGUGCCGGAUAUGGAAGCGGAGUCGGAGGAGGCAAUCAUCACCAGCACCACACCCAACAUCAUCAUUACCAUCAACUGCAGCAGCAGAAGCACCCACAGCCACAGCAACAGCAACCACAUCAGCAACCGCAUCAGCAUCUCCAUCAGCUCCAUCAGCAGCAAUCAACCACCGCUUUGACAUCGUCCAGCACCAGCAGCGCCUUGGCCCUCUCGGCGGCCCCCAAUUCCAAUUGUAACUCGACCCACAUUAGCUCCUCCGCCUCCCUGGCCUCGAUGCCCGAUCUGAGCUCCUAUCUGGGCCUUGGGCUAGGCAUAGGGAUGGGCAUGGGCCUGGGAUUCUCCAAUCUCCGCACCACAAGCAUUGGCGAUGGGAACGACGACGAUCUAGUGGACGUUGACAUUGCCAUGAAUAAUGCUGCUCCAACGACCUCGGCUGCUGCCGCCGUCCCAGGUUCGGGAGCGGCCACGGGCACGGUUUCUGGGUCCGGCUCUGGGUGCUCCGCCUCUGCCGCGCAUUACCUGAGGCACAGCAGCAAUUAUCGCUCCGCUGCGGCUGCACAGGCGUCUCAGAGCGCACAUCCCGCCCCUUUGCCGCCGUCUGCGAAUGCAAACGGGCAGGGGCACGGCCAGGCCCAGGGCCAUGGGUUGAUCUCAUCCAGCUUAUCGUCCUCCGCGUCAUCAGCUUCGUUUUAUAAUCGCCUACUACUCCUCGAUAAUUCCAGCGGCGAUGCAGUUGGUGGCAACGGUAGCGGCGGAGGUGGAGGCGUCGCCGGCGGUAGCUGCGGAGUCGGUGGCACCAACGGUGUCGAGGCCGAUGUCACACCAACGCCUGUGACGCAAUCGAUCGGCGACGGCUUCGUGCAUUCCAAUUGCCCCACGGCCAGCCCCGGAGCAGCGGCGGCCGACGACGCCUCGACCAGCAGCUCUUCGCAUCUCUACCAGAAUCUGCUGAGAAGCAGCUCCGGAGAGACACCCGGCAGUGGGGCGGCAGGCUCCUCAGUGGGCACCAACUGUGAUUACCGACACGAGAGCAACCAGAAUGGGUUGGAAGACUCGCCGCGGCGGCAUAGCUCCAUGGAUCAGUUGAUUGGGCUGCUCAAUGACAUGGGAAAAACUUCGCGGACACGCAGCCUAAGUGAUGGCGGCACCCAAGACGACGAAGAAGUGGAAAAAGAGGCGCAACCAGAUCUGCUGAACAAUACGCCUCCUGUACCGCCAAAGCGUUCGCACAAGCGUCGCCACACACCGCCCAGGCCCAUCUCCAACGGACUGCCACCCACUCCCAAGGUGCACAUGGGCGCCUGCUUCUCAAAGAUCUUCAAUGGCUGCCCCCUGCGGGUGCACUGUACCGCCUCGUGGAUCCAUCCAGAGACGAGGGACCAGCACCUGCUGAUCGGCGCCGAGGAGGGCAUCUACAACCUAAAUAUGAAUGAGCUCCACGACGCGGCCAUCGAUCAGCUGUUCCCGCGCCGCACCACCUGGCUGUAUGUGAUCAAGGACGUGCUGAUGAGUCUGUCUGGCAAAUCCUGCCAGCUGUACAGGCACGAUCUGGUGGCUCUGCAUUCCAAGCAGACGGUGCGAUUCUCGCUGCACAUGAACAAGAUCCCCGAGCGGCUGGUGCCCAGGAAGUUUGCCCUCACCACCAAAGUGCCCGACACAAAGGGCUGCACUCAGUGCUGCGUCACAAGGAACCCCUACAACGGAUAUAAGUAUCUGUGCGGGGCGACGCCCUGCGGCAUCUUCUUGAUGCAGUGGUACGAUCCGCUAAACAAGUUCAUGCUAUUGAAGCAGUGCGAGUGGCCAGCCAUCAGCAUCCUAGGGGGAGGCCAUGGCUGUGUGCAGAACGGACACACGCCCGUCUUCGAGAUGAUCAUCACGCCGGAGCUGGAGUACCCAAUUGUGUGCACGGGAGUGCGCAAGGCGAUGAACGGCUGCCUUAAGCUGGAGCUGAUCAACAUGAACAGUGCCAGCUGGUUCCACUCGGAGGACCUGGAGUAUGACGCCAUGGCCACGAUGGUGCCGCGACGCGACCUCCUGAAGGUGGUGCGUGUGCACCAGGUGGAGAAGGACGCCAUUCUCGUCUGCUAUGGCAAUGUGAUACAGGUGGUCACGCUCCAAGGCAACCCCAAGCAGCAUAAGAAGAUGGUAUCGCAGCUUAACUUUGACUUUAACGUGGACAGCAUUGUUUGCUUACCGGACAGCGUUUUGGCAUUCCACAAGCACGGCAUGCAGGGGAAAUCGCUGCGCAAUGGAGAGGUGACGCAGGAGAUCAAGGACAUGAGUCGCACCUACCGGCUGCUGGGCAGCGACAAGGUUGUUGCCUUGGAGAGUCAGCUGCUCAGAACUGGCUCCCUGGGCAGCGAGGAGGGACACGAUCUGUACAUUUUAGCCGGUCAUGAGGCCAGUUACUAGACGCUCGCGUAAUCCACUUGUUAUAUUUUAAAUAUAAUUCGCUACACAAUACAGAAACUUUUCAAGGCAAGCAGGCGCCGUCGUCGUCAACUAAUAAAUGUAAUUUAAUUACUCGUAGAACUAAGAAUUGGAUUACUGAUGAUAGAUUGUAGAUGAUAGAGCCUCACAUGUCGAGAGUUCGAUAGCUACUUAGCGCAAUUUUUCCGCACGUAGAGGCAGCAGCAUCCAUAAGCAAGAUAUCCAACAUAUGUAUGUAACAUCCAAUACACAGUCUUAGUCCCAAUUCUUUGCGCUAUACUUUGCCGAUACACUCGAUAUAAAUACAUACAUACAAUAGAUACUCGUAAGUCUCACAGUCCACGUCUGCCCAUUGAUUCCGUUGUAGCUAUAUUUUUAUAUUACAAAGAAAUGCUUUAAUUUAUACAGCUAACUUUAAUGACCUACGGUAAUCAAUAGUUAUGUUAGAAGUUUGUGUACACGCUUCACAAAGCCAAUAAAUACGUUUAUAAAUAGUCAGCUGCGGGCGAAAGCAAGAGAAUCCAAUUAUACAUAUAAAUAUAUAUACACACAAUUAUACAUUACGAGAUCCACUAAGGCAAUUAGAAAAUAAUAAAUAUUUCAUAGUCUUUAGCAAUUGUAAAUCGCAAUGUAUUUAGCUGGUUAAAUCUGCUUUGAAUUGGCUCAAUACCGAAAGGCAGGAAGCAAGCGAACUGUUAAAAAUGGAUUGGAUAGUGAGAAGAGGAGGAGAAAACGAAAAGUAUGUAGGAAUGCAAGGCAGAUACGGUUUGUUGGGAAUCACAAUUAGAAAGUAAGACUUCUAAACUAUUAACACACAAAAUUACAUGCAAAUUGAACAUAUAAAUUAAAUGCCUGAAAAGGCCCCUAUUUGUAUGCUCAACUGAUUGUCAUAGUCACGGUUUUGGGCUUUAUGAAAUCAAAACAGAAAACUUUCCGAGCAGCACAUUUUGUCGUCUUCAGUUGUAAAAAUAUUCUCUAGACCUUAAGUUAUUUAGUUCUUAUGACAAAGCGUAAAACCGAAAAUUAUAAACUAAUACAGAAAAAGAAAACAGAAACAUAAAAUUGUUGAACUCUAGUUUAGUGCAAAAAUAAAAAAG